AUGUUUGCCUUUAGAAAGCUCGUUCAAUAAUAGUAGAGAUAAAGUUUCAAUUAUUUAUUCAAUGCCUACUUCGGUACUAUUAAGCCCUUUAAGUUACCAGAUUUAGGAGAAAAAAUUAAGGAAGCCACUGUCAAAAAAUUGUACGUGAAAGAAGGAGACAUCGUAGAAGAAUUUUAAACAAUUGCUGAUGUUGCCACUGAUAAGUUAUUCACCUAAAUUCCUAGUUCUUAUGCUGGUAAAAUCCACAAAGUCUUCCACAAAGAAGAAGAUACCUGUCUUGUAGGUGAUGUAUUCGUAGAAAUUGAAGUUGAUGAGGAUCAUUCAGGAGAAGCUUCAACUGCUACUCAUCAUCAUGAAGCUAAACAAGAAAAGAAAGAAAAUACUACAAUCAGCUCAGGUGCUACUACUUCUACUGAGUCUAAAAAGAGCUAACCAGUAGUAGAUAAUACUUACGAAAACGAUUAUGUUUUAUCAACCCCUGCGGUUCGUUCUUUAGCUCGUUAACACAAUAUCAAUCUUAAGAAUGUUAGAGGUACAGGUAAAGAUGGACGUGUUAUGAAGAAUGAUAUUUUAGAUAUAAUUAGUGGUAAAACUAAGCCUUCUACCCCUGAAACUACUAAGCCAAAAGCUGCUUCUACUGCAUCCUCAUCAGGAGUUUUAAAUGAAACUGUUAAAACUACAGUUAAGAUGUCAGACUUUUAGAAAGGUAUGCAAAAGAGUAUGACUGAAGCAAAUACUAUUCCUCAUUUGUAUUUAAAGGAUGAAUAUGAUUUGACCAAUUUAACAGUAUUGCGUGAAUAAAUUAAAAAAUCAUAAAACUAAAGUAUUACUUUCAUGACCUUCUUCAUCAAGGCCUUCUCUCUUGCUUUGAAGGAAUAUCCUAUCUUGAAUUCCCUAUAUGAUGUAAACAAGCCUUUCGAAUACACUUUAGUACAAAAUCACAAUAUUUCUCUUGCAGUUGACUCACCUAAAGGAUUGGUUGUACCUAAUAUUAAAAAUGUACAAAAUCUCUCUAUACUUGAUAUUUAAAAGGAAAUAAAGAGACUUGUUAAAGAAGGAGAAGCUGGAACCCUUGGUCCCAAAGAUCUUUUUGAUGGUUCUAUUUGCAUUUCAAAUAUAGGUACUAUUGGUGGAACUUACACUGGUCCUUUAAUAUUUGCUCCCUAGACAACUAUUGUAGGUUUAGGUAGAGUAAUGACCCUUCCUAGAUAUAUCAAUAAAUCAUUAGAUCCUAAGGUUGAAGACCUAGAGCUAGCUCCAAGAAAGAUAAUGAAUGUUAGCUUUGGCUGCGAUCAUAGAGUUGUUGAUGGUGCUACUGUAACUAAAUUUUCUAAUAAAUGGAAAUCUUAUUUGGAAGAUCCUAGCACCAUGCUCUUGCAUCUUAAGUGA